AUGAAGCAAUUGAGGCAGAGCUCCCAGAACGUUAUGGCUGCAGCUCCCAUUGCCAAUAUUGUAAAAAGUUCUCUUGGCCCAGUUGGCUUGGAUAAAAUGUUGGUGGAUGAUAUUGGUGAUGCGACUAUUACCAAUGAUGGGGCAACCAUUCUGAAAUUGCUAGAAAUAGAACAUCCUGCAGCUAAAGUGCUCUGUGAAUUGGCUGAUUUGCAAGACAAAGAAGUUGGAGAUGGGACUACAUCUGUGGUUAUUAUUGCAGCAGAACUUCUGAAAAAUGCAGAUGAAUUAGUCAAGCAGAAAAUUCACCCCACAUCAAUUAUUGGUGGCUAUCGGCUUGCUUGCAAGGAAGCAGUGCAGUAUAUCAACGAAAACCUCAUCAUUAACACAGAUGAACUUGGAAAAGAUUGUCUCAUCAAUGGCAAAACAUCCAUGUCUUCUAAGAUCAUUGGAACUGAUGGUGAUUUCUUUGCCAAUAUGGUGGUAGAUGCAGUACUUGCAGUUAAAUAUACAGAUGUGAAAGGUCAACCUCUGUUUCCAGUAAAUUCUAUUAAUGUUUUGAAGGCCCAUGGGCGAAGUCAGAAGGAAAGUAUGCUUAUAAAUGGUUAUGCUGCCCAGGAUCACAUAGCUAGUAUCUAA